AUGGCAUAUGAUGAACUAAACACCCCACUGCUGCUGCUGCUGGAGCUGGUGGAGGAAUCGGCUGAGCUCCCAGAUGGGGUCCCACUGCCCGAAGUCUUUACUCAAAGGACCACUACUCUGGCUGGCCCGUCCCACUUUUUCUCUGACUCUAAAUCUGAACAUGGUGCUUCUCCCCCUCAUUCACCGAAACGGGGUGACACGAGAUGGGACCCUAACCUAGUCUUCCAGCACCCAAUUUCUGAGUCCGAGGCUAGCGUCGGCGGACACAGGAGCCUCGCACGCGCCAGGCUCCCGAGGCCGCCGACGCUAGCCUCGGACUCUCCCGCCCAUCCCCGACCCAGGUUCGCUCUGUUGGCGGGCUUAGCCCGAAGCCUUAGGGAGACCCCCUCCUCACCGCGCCGCGCAAUCCCGCCCGCUACUCCCACAUCCCAUUCAGCCCAACUUGACCCCAGUGCUGUGACCUCCGUCCCUGACGAGCCCGGUGCUCCAGUCCCUGUCACCUGGGCCUCGCCCCGCACUCCUAGCACAGUGGGGUGUGUCCCCUCCAGCCCACUGGCCUCCCCGCGAGGGGUCACGGUGGCCGCUCCUCACCUCGGCGUCCACCACCUCGUGAUAGGCGGGCGGGGGGUCGAAACCACCCCCGCCCCCAGUGCUCCCGCCGCGGGAAGGUCCGCCGCCGCCGUCACCCCCGCCGUCGCCCCGCGGGCCCCCGCCAGGCCCGGGGCUGGGGCCGCCGCCGUCCAUAGGCUCGUAGCCGCCGUAGUCGAGGCCCGGCCGCUCGUUGGUGAGCAGCGCCACUGCCUCGUUGAUGUCGUUCUUGGCCAGGCGCAGGGCCUUGCGGAUGGUGGCGGGGUCCGAGAAGCCCAUGCACAGCAGCGUGGUCAUGUGCUGCUCCUCCUCCGACUCCAUGGCUUCGGCCUCGGGGCCGCGCCGGCCGGCGGGCGGCGAAGCUGCGAGUCCCCGGCCUGGCAGGCCGCACGAGGCUGCCUGGGCGCCGUCCCCGCGCUCCGGCGGGCUCCGGAGCUCCUAGCCUGCGCCCUCCGCAGCCGCUGGCCACGUCGGGUGCGGGCGUGGGCGCCGGGAGCUCAGGCGCGGCGGCGGCCUGGCCCAGCCCUGCGCGCCGCCAUGUUGGCCUCCGCCUCCUCCUCCGCCGCCGCCACCGCCUUCUCCGCCUCCCGCCGCGGGACUGCGCCUCCGCUCCCGGAAGCGACAGGAGCCGCCACCAGGCUCCCGCUGGCUCACGGCUGUAGGUCGGAGAUUUUUUUUUUUCCUCUUAAAGGAGGGGCCGCCCCCGAAAGCGUCUCUACAGUAGAAGGGACGCCGAGAGGCCCGAGUGGAGGCGAGGGAGGGCCCUCCGUUGUGGCCGCCGCCGCCCGCCCAUUUCUCCUGCAACAGGUUCCCUCAGGAGCCGGAGGGGCGGGAGCCCAGUGCACCGCUCGACAGGGAGCGUCCCCGAAGUCCCCAAGCUGUGGACCCAGUGUAGCCCUGCCCGCCGUUCCCUGCCUCGCAUCCGAACCAUCUGAGUCCAGCAGGACAGCCCGUACCGGACUCGUUCGCCCCUGCAAGAUCCGAAAUGCAGCCCAGCCUGCAUGCAAUCCGCUGGCCGAGCCCGCGUUCCACCUUCAGCCCCACCUGAAAUGCACCCGGUCCAGAAGGAAAUUCACCCUAUUCCCAAGGAAAUUCACCUGCCAUGCUGUCAGAAGUACACCCGAGUGUCGACAUAAUUCAUCCCUAGACGAGGCACAUCGACCCACCCGAGCUGAAAAUUAACCCAUGUACCUUGACCCAAGACCCUCCAUCUCUCACUGAAGUUACACUAAACCAGUUGAAAUGAAGUCCCGACCCUCCCUGGAUUUUCCAGUCAACAUUGAGUGGCCACCAAACUGUUAAUCCCGUGAAAGUCUGAAGUAUAUUCUAUGACCCGAAUUUUGGAUCCCAAUGCUCUCUAUGAAAACUUCCUAAAGAAAACUGGGACUGCAUCACCUUCCAUCAGUUGAGGACUCUGCUCCCCACCUGAUGCUGACCCCCCACACCACACUGCUGCAGUCCCUGCCGGGGGCUCCCCUGGUCUUUUCUAUCUUGGAGCAGUCCUUUCCCCCAUUAAGGCUUGCUUUGUUUGCUUUCUCUUCCCACCUUUGGCAUUAGAGCCCAAGGGCCAUGUCUUCUGCAGUCCCCUUGAACCCGCCAUCUAAGCUCCGGACCUCCACCCCCGCCCAUUCAAUGUCCUUUAAUUCAUGCUAAUUCUAGGUCCUUUCCUCACCCUCUUCUUUAUCUCACUGAGUACUUGGAAAUUUAGCUCAUCUUCUAAUGUCCUCACUGUGGUUUCUUCCAGAACCCUGAAGGCCACCAACCUUUCUUUUAAAUCCCAUCAAACCGGUCCUAUCACCGACCCAGCAGUCACUAUCCCAAUCUUAAAUUAGUGGUGGUACUGAGAAAUUUGCUCUCUCCGUUAGCAGUUUUUCACCUGGACAAUGAACCUUUCUUGCUUGGUACUUGCUACCUAUAUUUGUAAACACCAGCAAUUUGAUUUACAGGGUGAACAUAUCACUGUUGUUUACAUUCAAAUGAAGUAACUAUUCAUUGUACUGAUUAAAGUCCAGGUUAUAGACCAAAGACUAGGUUUAAUAUCCAAAGGAAGUCAAAGUCUCUUAGUUUCUGAACAACAAAAAAGAACCUACUAAUGAAUAAUGACUAAGAUUGGAUCAGGUCACAUCGUGUAUUUGUAUUUUAAUCCUCACCAGAUUAUAUAUGUUUAUUGAUUUUAGAGAGAAAGGAAGGGGUCGGGGAAGAGAGAAAAGAGAGACAUUGUUGUGAAAGAGAAACGUCGAUGUGUCGCCUUGCCUCCCAUGCACACUCUGUACAGGGACCCAGCCCACAGCCUAGGUAUGUGCCUCACUGGGAUUGAAACUGCAACCUUUUGGUGCAUGGGGCAUCACUCCAAGCAACAGAGCCACCUGGCCAGGGCACAGCGUAUAUAUUUAAAUGAAGUUUUAUUAAGCGUUAUGAAGUUUUAGGUACUCAGUAAUGUUUGAAAUAUUUAUCCAUAGCAUACGAAGAACAAAGGUAAUCUAAAUCAGCUGAAGCAGCCUGUCAUGGAGGACACGCCGAGACAUUUAAUGUAUUUAACAAAUAUGUACUGAGUAUGGAUCAGGUGCCAGGUAGAUGGUGUUCUUGGCAGUGGUGGUGCAACAGAAAACAAAGCAUACAAAAUUUGAUGCUGGAGAAGUGGUGGCAUUCAGUUUUGUCCAAUGAACAGUUAAUUAAGUGGCCAAAUUAAGAAAUGAGUUGCAAGGGGAGAGAAAGUAACAAGUAAAGAAAAAUUGUUUGCCACUAAAAUUCAAAAUAGAACCCAGGAGGUAAUGAGACAGAGCUGACCAAUUCAGAUGGCACAUAAAAAGACUCCUCAACAGUGGCAGGUUUACAGAACACAACAUCGGAAGUUGUGCUGAGCUGAGAAGAGGAAGCAGAGAAAAACAAACUCUGUGAUAAAAACUGGAAAGGAGCCACCACGGCUACAAAAAACAAGGAAGGCUAUUUUUUGAACUGGAUCCUUGAGUGACUGAAAAGCUAGUGUCAUUUGAGGAUGCAAGCAGUAUAAUUACACUUCUUUGCAUGUAGGAAAGCUGUAAACUCCGUGAGAAUAGAACCUGUGUCUGCUUAAUAAUUCAUUGACUGCUUACUCAAUCACUGUCUGCAGCUUACCAGUCAUCCUGAUUCACCCCAGAGAAACCUCCAUCUCCAUACACAGUGAAGGCCCAGAGAAUUCUGACUCCUGGUUG